CGUAGAGCGAAGGACAGAACGGAAUCCUCCUCCCAAGCUCGGAAGUGAAUUAAGGACUACAAGGAGAGUCGAGAGAUGCCGGCCUCCACCACGGCUAGAGCGGCCACUAAGAGACAUCGGAACUUCCGGGGCGGGGCCCCAUUGGUCCUUCACCUUCCGCGGGGCGAAUGUGGGCGUCUUGCAACGUGAAAGUUUGCAAUUGCUGGGCCGCGACUUCCGUCCUUCUGAGACGGUGUUUGAAGUUGGGGGCCACCAUGGCAAAGAGCAAAUUCGAGUACGUGCGGAACUUCGAGGCUGACGACACCUGCCUGGCCCACUGCUGGGUGGUGGUGCGGCUGGACGGCAGGAAUUUCCACCGGUUUGCUGAGAAGCACAACUUUGCAAAACCCAAUGACAGCCGCGCUCUCCACCUAAUGACCAAAUGUGCCCAGACUGUAAUGAAAGAACUGGAGGAUAUCGUGAUUGCAUAUGGACAGAGCGAUGAGUACAGCUUUGUGUUCAAGCGCAAAAGCAAUUGGUUUAAAAGAAGAGCCAGUAAGUUCAUGACUCAUGUGGCUUCCCAGUUCGCCUCCAGCUAUGUGUUUUAUUGGCGAGAUUACUUUGAGGAUCAGCCCCUUCUGUAUCCCCCAGGCUUUGAUGGAAGAGUCAUAGUGUAUCCUAGCAACCAGACCUUAAAGGACUACCUCAGUUGGCGGCAAGCAGAUUGUCACAUCAAUAAUCUGUAUAAUACAGUUUUCUGGGCACUUGUACAACAGUCUGGACUAACACCAGUACAAGCCCAAGAGAGAUUACAGGGAACUCUUGCAGCAGACAAGAAUGAGAUUUUGUUUUCCGAAUUCAACAUCAACUACAAUAAUGAGCCACUGAUGUAUAGGAAAGGGACUGUGUUGAUAUGGCAGAAGGUGGGUGAAGUCACAACAAAAGAAGUUAAACUGCCAGCAGAAAUGGAAGGAAAAAAGAUGGUGGUGACCCGGACCAGGACAAAGCCAGUGCCUCUAUAUUGUGAUAUAAUUGGGGAUGCUUUUUGGAAGGAACAUCCAGAGAUCCUAGACGAAGACAGCUGAUCCUUUGCUUUUAGCCCUGGCAUGCAUAACCAUGCAAGACCUGCUGUUUCCCACCCCACAAGUCUCCUGGCCUUAGGUGCCAUAGGAUCCCUACUACUAAGAACAGUGUGCCAGGAGUGACACAUGACUGCUCUGAGAGGGAACAGGAAAGAAGGGAUGGAUGGGGUGGUUAUCUUGUUCUGCUUUAAGUAGAACAUUUUUUUACAAUGUUGGAACUUGGUUCCUUCUGUAGAAGUGCAUUUUUUUUUUUUUUAAAUUGUGGUGCUAUUUUUAUAAAGGAAGAACUAUUUUAUGCUUUGCAGAAUGAAUCAUUUUUAGAUUGUGGCAUAAGUCUUAUAAAAACUUGUCAAGCCUUUUCUACCUAUGAUAGAAUAUGAAUCCAAACUUUACUCUCAACCACCUGUUCUUAACUACAGACUCCACUAACCUUGAAAAUCUCACCUUUCCUACCCAUGAACACUGACCUGGAGGUAAAUAAUGGGUUGGUGGCUGCAUGAUGCCUCUGCGUUCAGAAUUCCAGGGAGAAUUAGGGUUUUGUGCAGUUCCCAAGUUGGCAACUUUGGCUGAACAAAUAAGUAGUAGUUUGGAUGUCCUUGUGUAAACAUUCCAUAGAUUGAUUUGUGGAGUUGUCAGCAUGAUCAUUGUCUCACCAGGGGUAUCUCAAAGGCCACUAACCUCUUUCUAAGAAGAAAGAAUUAUGUGUAUAUAUGAGGAAAAAUGUGAAAAUGAAUGAAAAAGGAAGAGAAAACACUGACUCCAUGUCCUGUAAAUACUUCAGUUCUAAAAUUUACCUUCCUCCUGGACUUCCUGAAAAUGAUUCUCAGGUAGCCUCUAUGUAAUCAGAACACUGACAUUUGAGUUAAGACAGUAGAGUGGUCAACACUGGGUCAUAAGUGGCAGGUGUCAAACAACACCUAAUGGUCCCAGCUCCUGAUGGGCCCUUGUAGGUGGGGGAGGAGCAGCAGUAAUUGCAUGUUGCCACGCUGCUAGCCUCUGAAGCGAGGGGUCCCCCUCUGAAGUGAGGAUAGGUGGUGGGAGAACUCACAUUGCCCAUUGUCCUCGUUUCAUAUUUCAGAGGAAGAUGAUUUGGCUCCAUCAGGAAUUAAUUAAGGGACACCUGAGUCAGUUGGUUAAGCCUCUGCCUUCGGCUCAGGUCAUGAGCUCAGAGUUCUGGGAUCAAUCCCCACGUCAAGCUCCCUGCUCAGUGGGGAGUCUGCUUCUCCCUCUCCCUCUGCUGCUCCUCCUGCUUGUGCUGUCUGUUGCUCUGUCAAAUAAAAUCUUUCAAAAAGGAAUUAAGCGGCAGCCUACAUUUUACAGUCACGAAGAAAAUGUAUUUUUGAAGGCAACAGCUGGUGGUCUUCACUAGCUGAUACCUCAUCUAUCCGAAUCAUUAUUUCCCUUCCUGUUCUCAUUAUACAGGAAGAGAUUUGGUGCAUGUUAGGUAAUUAAUAAAAUCUCUUUUAAAAAAAAG